AUGGCGCCAGUCAUUGACAGCACAGUCGUCCCUGGCACCGUGACUUUGGUGGACGUGGAUCAUGUCAUGGAGACCCGGCACUUGGACCGCGGAGAUCGUGACAUUGUAUUGAUCCCUACCCCAUCAAAUGACCCAGAUGACCCCCCUCAAUUGGAGUCCGAGACGGAAGCUUUUGUCAACUGCCUGCGUGAGCAUGUGUUGAUGCUUCAUGUUUCUAGCUAUACGAUGUUCUCAGGAAUUGCCUGCUCGGUCGUUUACUCAGUGAUUAAGCCACUUCAUGAACAAACAGGCUUGCCCGUGAGUACCCUGAACGAGGGAAGUGGGUACAUGUUCCUGUUAGCUGGCUGGGGCUUGCUGUUCUGGCAGCCAUUCGCUAUGCAGUAUGGCAAGCGGCCGACGUACAUGUUAUCGUUGAUAGGAAUUUUGGGUAUGACGAUGUGGGGACCAUACGCAAACACCAAGGGUCAAUGGCUUGCACGAAACAUCCUCUUAGGUUUUUUCACGGCACCUGUAGAAGCGCUUCCUCAAAUCUCCGUCACGGACGUGUACUUUACCCACGAGCGAGGAACAUACAUGGGUCUUUAUGCAUUCUUCCUGGCAGGAAGUAAUUACCUCGCCCCGGUCAUCUGCGGCUUUAUCGCCCAGUACCAGGGCUGGCGGUGGGUAUUCUACUACCCGAGUAUCUUCGUCGGCUGUGCGAUUAUCUUCCUCUUCUUUUUCUGCGAGGAAACAAACUAUGUUCGAGUGCUCUCCGACGAGCCUAGCACUGGAAUAUCCACGAAAUCUCCAAAAUCCAGCUCGGAUGGUGAAAAGGAUAAAUCCGCGGCGGUUGACAUGGAAGCUGCCACUAGGGGUAGUAUAAGGUCGGGCUACACCAAGAAGUCAUAUGUGAAGAAAUUGGCGCUCUGGGGGCCGAGCCAGGAGCAGAAUACCUUGUUCCGGCGAUUCUGGCAGUGUCUUUACUACCUGUCGUGGCCGGUUAUUUUCUAUGCUGGCUUCUCUUACGGAUCCUACCUGGUUUACUUCAACAUCAUGAAUGGAACGGCCUCUAUCAUCCUUGGCGGGGAGCCAUACAACUUCGGAUCUUCCAUGGUCGGUCUGAGUUAUCUGGCUCCCAUCACCGGUGUGGUCAUGGGAUCCAUUUUCACUGGCCGAUUCAGCGACUGGCUCACUGUCAAACUCGCCCGCCGGAACAACGGCGUCAUGGAGGCAGAGCACCGUCUCUGGCCCUUCCUCGCUUGUUUGGUCCUUGUGCCUUCUUCUCUUAUUCUAUGGGGUGUUGGUGCUGCUCAUGAGAUCCACUGGUUUGGAUUAAUUGUUGGAAUGUGCAUUCUGGCCUUCACAAAUGCCUGUGGCAUCGCGCUUAGUGUCAACUACUUCAUUGACAGCUACCGAGAGCUGAGUGGCAUUGCAAUGGCUAGUGUGAUUCUGGUCCGGAAUACCAUGUCUUUUGCAAUUGGCUAUGGUAUCACACCCUGGGUCGAGAACCUGGGAUACCAGAACUGUUUUAUCUCAGCAGCCUUUGUUGGCAUGGCAUGCGCUUCAGUCUUUCUCUUUAUGAUCAAAUUUGGAAAGACAUUCCGUGAACGAUCUCGCGAGAAGUACUGGGAGCUGGUCCAGGAGAACUGGGAGAAGGGCAUGGGCAAUUAG